AUGGCACGACAAUGCUUCACUUUGUAUAAUAUCUUGUAUUUUCUUGUGUUAUUAAUAAAUAUCCAUAAGAUAUCUUGCUUUGAAGAUACAUCUCCUUUCAUUUUUUAUAGAUCUUAUAGUUCCUAUCAGUCGGUUUUUUCGGAUCAUGUAUCAACAACGCUUUCAGGACAUGCUUUUCAAUCUUUAGUAAGAGCUUCUAUUGAUUGUGAAUCAACAUAUUAUGUUUUUGUGUUGCAGCCGGGUUUACACGCAGAUGAUUUAAAACAUACAGUAAUGCCAUGGAUUAAAAAAUCUAUUGAUAUAGCUCCAGAACGCUUGGUAGUUCCAUAUGGAUAUGGUGAUGUAGAUGUUGAAAAUAUUAUUAAAUAUGUGGAAGAUAAAUGUUAUAUAUACAGUAUUGUAAUUGAUUCACAAAGCGGAGAAUAUCCGCUAUUAUAUAAUGAAACUGAGAAAAUAUUGGUAGUUCAGUUUCCUCCUAUAGUAGGUACUUUGGAGGAACGAAGAGAUUUAUUAACAAAUCAUGAUUUAUUUCUUCAUUAUCUAUUGACUUCAUUGCCCCAUGGAUCAAAAUAUUCUAUGAUUUAUAUAUCUACACCUGGUCCUGUAAUAAUCCAACAUCGAGAUGCAUCUGUCUAUUCGACACCUAUGAUUCCUGUAAAAUAUAAUUCCAAUAAUCCUAAAGGGUUAUUUUCUAGAUAUUCGUUUUUUUCUGAAGGAAUUUAUAUGAUCUGGAUAAUAUUGUUUAUUCUUUUUCCUAUAUUUAUAAUUGCUUUAACUGCGAUUUCUUCUAUUAAAAUAUCUUAUGGUUCAUUUGAAUUAAAAAAGGACGUUAUUAAAAAAAAUAAAUAGAUAGUUUUGAUACUAUUUAUAUAUAUUACAAUUUAUGU